AUGGAGCUAACUAGAAAUUUCUUUGAAUCACUUAAAUUUAUUGGUAAUUGGAAGAUAGGGCUGUUGGAUGGAAGGCACUUACUCAUCCAAUUAACUAUUGAGGAAGACUAUGCCAGAUUUUUUGCUAAGCAAUCUGUAAUCAUUGCUGGAACUACAAUGAAAAUUGUAAAAUGGACUCCUGACUUUGAUCCAAGUAAAGAACCACCAGUAGUUCCUAUUUGGUACAAAUUCCUUGGGCUUCCACUUCCUUUCUUCAAGCUGAAUGCACUGUUUAACAUAGGGAGAGCUCUGGGCACACCUUUGAAAGUAGAUGCGCCCACUUACAACAAAGCCAGGCCAGCAUUGGACAGAAUACAAGUGGAAAGAGACAUCACCCUCCCUGAAGUGAAAAGAAUCUGGAUUGGCUCAGAUAAUGAUGGUUUUUGGCAGAAUAUUGUCUCUGAACAGAAGCCUUAUUACUACCAACACUGUAGAAUGUUUGGCCAUACAGUGGAAAGAUGCUACAGAAUACAUCCACCAAUUAAAAGAAACACUAGUAAAGAUCAUAAGGAAACAUGCAAUAUAGCACUACAAGCUAAAGAAAAUUCUACUAAAGAUACACAGCUGAACAACAGGAAGGAUGACACUCAAAGAAAUAAAGAUUCUCUCCCAAUCACUAAAGAAAAAUCUUCACCAGUGGAACCUUCAGAUGAGCCAGCAGAAGGUUCCCCUACAAACAGAAACAAUGGGACUGCCUCUACUAAUCUUAUCAGAAAGGAAUUUCAAGAAAUCACUAUAGUCACACCCUCAGCUUCCCCUUUAGGGGGAGAACAGUCAGAAAUUCAUAGCAUGGCACCUGAGGAUCAAAUCAUUGCUGGUAUUCAACAAGCAAUUGAAGAUGAUUGGUAG